AUGGGCUGCCGCAAGACAACCAACGCCGACGUGUUCAUCGCCUCGGACGAUGAGUGGGUCGUCAUCGAGUCGGACGGGGCAGAGUCUGGCUCGGGGAUGGCGAGGAACGAGCCAUCGCUUCUGCCCGCCACCGAUGUCGCAGCGUCAAGGUCAUUCGAGCUGAUCGAGACCGACGAGGCGGCCACGAUGGCAUAUGGCUUCAGAGUUACGGUCACCUCCGACGAUGAGUACACUGCGGGUGCGCGACGCGAGGCGGCAGCGGCAGCGGCCUGGGACAAGCUUGGAUCGGCCGCGCUCCGUCGCUCGCGCGCCGUUGAGGAUGUGGUGCUCGCAUGGGGCAUUCCGCCGCAUGCUCGCCCGACCGCGUGGCCAGUCUUCUCCUCGGCCGAGGCACUGCAAUUGGUAUACACCGAGGUGUAUGCCAAGCUGGCUAGCGCAGAUGGCGAUGCCUGGGUCGGCGCCACCGCCGGCUCGGCCGACGUCGCCCGCAUCGACGGCGACCGCGCGCAAAUUGAGCUCGAUCUCCGCCGCACAUUCCCUACCAACGAGUUCUUUGCCUCGCAGGCUGGACUGGACUCGCUGCGGACCAUCCUAGUCGCCUUUGCCCGCUGGUCGCCCAUCGGCUACUGCCAGUCGCUCAACUACGUCGCCGGCCUCCUCCGUGUCGUUCUCGGCUCGGACGAGCUCGCCUUCUGGUCGCUCGUCCACUUUGUCGAGGACGAGCUCCUUGGCUACUACACCGAGGGCAUGUCGCUGUUCAAGGCCGACUCGGCCCUCAUUGGCGAGCUCCUGGCUGAGCUCGAGCCGGAAGCCUCUGCCGUCAUCGACGCUCUCGGCUUUGACCUCUCCAUUGUCACUGCGCCCUGGCUCCUCUGUCUCUACGUCAACACCCUCCCGCUCGCCCAUGUUCUUCACGUGUGGGACAUGGUCAUGUACAGCGGCGCGUCCUUCCUCAUCCGCGUCGCGCUCGCGCUCCUCUCCGCCCAUGCUCCACUCAUCACCGCCGCCAGUGACGACUUUGAGGCCGUCUACCUCGCCCUUACCCAGCUCCCGCUCCUCCCGCCGCCGCACGCCCUUGUCGCCGCCGCCGCAACCAUCGAUCUCGGCCCCGAGUUUUCCACCCGCCAGCGCGAGAAGCUCGCUCCCGGAGAGCUCCCGCAGCUCUGCAAAGCCAUUGCUGCGCACCGCGCUCACUUUGCUCUGUGA